AUGCCACCCAAUAUGUCAUUGCUUCAAAAUCUUGGGUUUUCAAGUGUCGAUAUAGAGAAGCUUAUGCUUUGGAAUCCUAGAAUUUUGACUCAAAAGGCUGAGCGCCUCAAAGACAUAGUUGAUCGAGUAGAAAAGACUUUCUUUCUUUCUCGCGAAUGCAACAUGUUCAUACAUGGGGUUUAUGCACUUGCAUGGCUUGACGAAUCGACGGUGAAAAAGAGAUUAGAAAUCUUCAGGAGCUUCUGGUGGUCUGACUCGGAUAUUUUUACAUUGGUCCAAACAUGUCCUCUCUGUUUGACAAAAUCCGAAGCUAAGAUCAGAAAUGCGUUAAAUUUUUUAAUGAAAGAAAUUGGAUAUGAGUCUCAUUACCUGGCUUCUCAUCCCACGUUUUUGACAUGUAGCUUGGAGAAAAGGGUUCUACCUAGACAUAAUGUUUUGAAGCUACUCAGCCAAAAGGAGCCGACAAAGUGUAGUCUGAACCUUUAUACUGCUGUGAUAUGUUCCGAGUCGAAGUUCUUAGAAAGAUAUGUGCUGCCUUUCAAGGAUGAGAUGCCCGAGGUGUAUGAUAUAUACAUCAAAAGUAGAAGCCGAUAG